CAGUUGUCAGAUGUUUGGGAUUUGUGAUUUCUAAUGCUCUUUCCGCUUGAUUUGGCAACACUUUCUAAGUAAAUGGUAAUCAAUUGAGUAGUUUCUUUGUACAUCAGAACUUGUUUACGGCAGUUUUUGCAACAAAAUCAUUCUAUCCAUCGCUCAUCGCAGCAAACCAUGUGAAUUGAACAUUCGUUAGUUACUUUCAAUUGAACGUGCCCUGAGCGAACACUGACAAAACCGAGAUAAACGCAACUAUGGCAAACCAAGGCAAAGGAGGGCCAUCGACGUCGCUUGAGUACAACGGAAGCUCGACCAGUGAUCGCAAAAAGUUUCUUGUAAACAAUGAAUUCAUGUCGGAUGUGGUUUUCCUGGUGGGUGAAAAGAAGCAGCGAAUCUAUGCCCACAAGUUGUUUCUGAUUGCGAGUUCGGAGUAUUUUUUCGCCAUGUUCAAUGGCAACUUCAAGGAAUCGAACGAAAGUGAAAUCGUUUUGGAUGACGUUGAGCCAGCGAUCUUCUUGGAAAUCAUGCGAUUCGUGUACUGCGGCAAGAUCGAUCUCACGUUUCAGAACAUUCACGAAAUUUACAUUCACUCGAGGAAGUAUAUGCUGAUGGAACUGUUGGCCAUGGCUUCCAAUUUUUUGGAGAAAAGCAUUGAACCGGAGAAUGUGUUGAAAAUUUUCACACAGAAUCGGUUCUACGGAUUUCAGUUUGUCGACGAAAAGUGCUUGAACUUGAUUAGGACAAACCCCUUAUUCUACUUCAAUCACGAAGACUUUUCGUUGAUCGAUCGAGAGUCACUGUGCUUGAUCUUAGCUUCUAAGAAAAUUAACUGCACGGACGAUCAGCUGAUGGGCGCGUUGGACAUCUGGGAGAAGGGCCACUCAGAGGAGAAGGUGGACGAGCUGAAAUCGAUCAUCAAAAACUCCAAACGAUCGUACGAUUGCUACAAGUUGCGAUUGUUUGGACCGUCAUCGGGGUCCGAGCCGAAUGACUUCGGCUUCUCGAUAGUGUCGGAGACGAACGUCAAUUUGUACGGCAUCGGGGUUUUCCUCAAAACCACCGCUUCGGUUAUCACAAUCGAAAUGAAAAUCUUCCAAAACGACCUUGAGAUCGGGUGCGAUCUGUUCGAGUACGAGAACGACAACUUUGUGACCGUGGACGUGGCCAAUCUGUUCUUUGAGGAGAUCGUACUGAAGCCGCACCAUCGGUAUAGGAUCGCGCUGAACGUAACGCCGGCGGUUGAACCCUUCACCAUACAAAACCCGAAGAUUCAUCACGAUCGGAUCAAGAUGUCGAUCGCGAAUGUCAUCUACGGCCGCUGUGAUAGUACGUACUGUGCAAUCGCUCAUAUGCACUGUAGGGAACAGAAAAACAUAGGCAAGGGCGGGUGAAUCGACGAGAACAUUUUGCUUUAGCUAUCAUUGGUUAUGUAAUUGAACUAGAUGAAUUAAUGAUAUUCGUUUAAAUCUGUUUUAAGACUCUGUAGGCGUGUACUUAGUGGCGUUUCAAACGUUCAAAUAAAUCUUGAUUGCAAUUA